AUGACUGCCAACGGCUGCAUAGUCCUCGCCAUUGUGCUCUGUAUGUUCCUCAAGCCUUCAUUUGCUGGCUUUGAAAAACGGAACCUGUUUCCAAACGUGACGGUGACCGUGGCCAAUGAUAGGGACAAGGAUGUUUUUUGUAUGUGCAAAGGCUCAAAAUUCAGCGAUGCGUUGCAUGUGCUCAAGGCAGGAGAGAGACUGAGCUAUGUGUUUACGCAAAUUGCUUUCCCUAUGCGUUGGUGCUACUUGUAUAUUGAUGACAAUAAGCAAGGGUUUUUCUGGGCUUAUACGGUGAGGUCAAGAUGCACCAUGUGCUUUUGGAGCAUCAAAGAACAACCCUAUUUGUACAGACCUGAUCGGAAUCGAUGGGAGCGCCAGAAACUUUAUCGUCCGCCGAGCUUGAUGAUCAAAGGGAAAGAAGAUCAGAAACCACGGCUUUGA